AUGACGCCACGGGGUCAGGAAGGCGGAGAAGGAGGAGGAGCCAAGAUGGCGGCAAUGGCGGCGCUGUGCCGGAGGCUGAGGGCGCUGGGCCGGGGCGUCAGGGGGCUGCAGACCCCGCCGGCUCCCCCCCGCUAUGAGGAGUCCACGGCCGAGUUCGGGUUCGUGCAGCGGCUGCUGCCCCCCAGCCGCGUGCCCGAGCCGCCCCCGCACCCCAAAUACCCGACCCCGAGCGGCUGGAGCCCCCCCGCAGGCUGCCCCCCGGAGCUGCCCUACUUCGUGGGCCGCUCCCGCAUGCACAACCUGCCCGUGUACCUGAGCCGGCGGCAGGGCCGGCGCCUCACGGCGCUGCGCCGCAUCCACGGCGACAUCUGGGCGCUGGAGCGGGACCUGCGGGCGUUCCUGGGCUCGCUGGGGCUGCCCGAGGUGCGGGCGCAGGUGAACGAGGUGACGGGGACGCUGCGGCUGCGCGGGCACUGCGGGCACGAGGUGCGGCAGUGGCUGCUGCAGAGCGGCUUCUGAGAGCCCCGGACCUGCGGGGCACCCCAAGAUCUGCCGAGGACACCCUGAAAUCUGCCAAGGGCACCCCAAAUCCUGCUGAGGCACCUCAAAUCCUGCCAGGGACACACCAAAACCUGCCAGGAAUACCCCAAAAUCUGCCGAGGAC